UUGAGGCUACCUGAGUUCUUGAUAUGCUUUACAAACUUAUCUGUGACGUGCCUAUAUAACAAGUUAAUGAAACUAUUGAAAUUUUGUAAAGGGAGUUGCUGGGCAUUCUCGGCAAUUGCAGCUGUGGAAGGCAUAAACCAAAUAGUGACUGGUGACUUGAUCUCACUUUCCGAGCAAGAGCUCGUGGAUUGUGACAAAUCGUACAAUGAAGGGUGCAAUGGUGGUCUCAUGGACUAUGCUUUCGAUUUCAUCAUUAAAAACGGCGGCAUUGAUGUAGAGACGGCAGAUGAUGUGCCUCCGUAUGACGAGAAAGCCCUUCAGAAGGCCGUUGCUAACCAGCCGGUGGCUGUUGCCAUCGAAACUGGUGGCAGGGACUUUCAACUCUAUGAAUCAAGUAUUAUGAGUGCUCAGAAGGAAACACGUGCUGCUGUGUGUAUGAAUAUUACGGGUAUUGCUUUGCGUGGGGCUGUUGCCCGUUGGAAGGGGCAACUUGCUGUGAGGAUCAUUACAGUUGUUGUCCGCAUGAGUAUCCCGUCUGCAACAUCUAUGCCGGGAAGUUUUUUGCUAGGGGUGAAGGCAAUGAAGCACAUUUUUGCUAGGCCAACUGGGACUUACAGCAAAGACGGGAAAAGGAGCAGUGUUUGA